GAUAAUUCUUAUGCUGCUAAUAGCAUGUUUUCUGAAGCCAUGGCUAUGAUUGACAUUUGACACUGCCUUUUGUUAGUAGUGAAAUUGAGAACGUUUCAUGAUGCUUUCGUUAAGACUUCGGUUUCAACAGUUGCGGGCUUUAAGUUCUGUAGCUCCAGGAAUAUCUCGCCUCGAUAGCUCUUCAGAUUUCCUGACUCAGGUUCCUCAUCGCAAACAUCCAGGAAUCCUUCGACUGAAAUUAGUUCAUUUGCCUAAAGAAGCUCAGGAUGCAGCUCAAAUUCUUCUCAAAGAAUGCACCAUUAGACAGAUGCAGGAGCGCGUACACUCCCUUGAAAAUUACCUAUGGAGCCGUAAACGGCCUGCAGAGGACAAGGAUCUGACAGCCCAGGCUGUUAAACUAGAACAAGAGUUUAAAGCAUCCCUAGAAUAUUCUACAGAUUUGAACAAUACAAAGAAGCUGGAGGAGAAUAUCAAGCGCAGAGUUCUUAAUACUUUACGUAAGAAUAUUUAUCACUGGCAGCCCCUGAGGUUCACAGACGAGCUUGGCUUGGUUUAUCUGGCUGCUCGAUUUGAUGGAGGAUUUGCCGCUGUCAUCAGAUCUCUACAAGAGAUCCGCAAGCGGCUCCCAGAAUUCAGCCCCAAAACACUUUUGGAUUUUGGUUCUGGUGUUGGAUCAGUUACAUGGGCAGCACACUCCCUGUGGGGUGACAGUCUCAAUGAAUACAUGUGCAUAGACAGCUCGGCAUCCAUGAAUAGACUUAGUGAGCUGGUAAUGAGAGGAGGUUCAGAGUCAGGGAAUCUGCACAUUUCUGGAGUUUAUUUCCGUCAGUUUAUGCCACUUUCUCCCAAGGUGCAGUAUGAUCUAGUUGUCUCUGCUUUCUCUCUAAAUGAACUUGACAGUUUUUCUGAGCGUGAAAAGAUUAUUUGUGCCUUGUGGCGAAAAACUGGAAACUUUUUGGUAUUAGUUGAGAAUGGCACAAGAGAAGGACAUCAUCUAUUGAUGGAAGCUCGUGAGACUAUUUUGAGGGGAGGUGACAAAGAAAUCUGGGAUCCACGACCACCACAUGUGUUUGCACCUUGUCCACACCAGCUACCGUGUCCCAGACUUGCAGAACAAUUCCAGGUUCCCUGUAACUUCACCCAGAAAUACAAACCACUGGAUCUUAGCUGGAAUCAACCGCAACGCUCUGAGAAAUUUUCCUUCCUGAUAAUCUCCCGUGGCUGUGUAGGUGGAGUUGACUCUCUGUGGCCACGUGUGAUUGCUCCUGUGCUCCAAAGACCACGGCAUGUGCAUUGUCACACAUGCAGUGCUGAUGGCAACAUACAUCAUGAAGUCAUCACUGCAAGGAGACAUGGACGGGAUCUCUAUCGUUGUGCAAGAAACAGUGAGUGGGGUGACCUUCUUCCUGUGCUACCCCCAGAGACUUCUGGGUCUGAGGAGACUGAAAACUGCAAUGAGUCUUGACCAAUAAGAUCACAUUUGUCUUGUCCAAAAAAGUAACAGGCAAAAGUAACAGACUGUUCCCUCUUCAUUUUCAAGAGUGCAUACUAUAUGUCAGGAGUGAAGUUACUGAACCUUAUGUUUAAUUAUGAUUGUAUUAUAAACUAUAAUACUUUUGGAAGCUACAUUAAUGGUAAGUGGUUUGCUUACUAUUGAGUGACCCCAGCAGUUAGAUUUUCAAGAAGGAAAAGAUGCACAAAAGGCUCCAAACAUGGAAACUGUAAUUUAGUAAAACUAAUAAAACAAACAAAUAACAUUUUAUUUCACUUAGUUUUCCUAAGAUCUAUUCUCAACAAAUUACUUUUAAAUAAUAAAUAUGUAGCAUGUUGCUGUUUGGAUAACGAAUUGUAUUUGUAUAAUUGUUUUGUUUAAUAUGUUUCAUAUACAUUUUAUAAUUUGUUUUUUGGAUUUCCCUUCAUCCUAUGUAUUUUGUUCAUGCAUUGGUGGGUUAAAGAUGUCACAUGAGGUGUGCAUUUAUUUGUUAAUUAUUAAUAGAAAAUUCAAAUUUCACAUAUUUCCUCCCCUACUGAUCUCUGAAGUAAGACACAAGAGUGCACUAAGAAAAAUGAAAGAUCCCCUAUAGUCCCAUCCUCACUUUUCUGGACUGUUUAUUAAUGCAUUUAUUUAUGACUACACCUGCUUGAAAGUUCAUCAACCAACCCUCCGACUUCAUCUGACUAGUUUGUCUUUCUUACUUUGCAAAUUACAUCAUAUUAUUUGAGGACUUUAAGCAGUGAAUAGGAUAUGUUACUAUACAUUUCAUAUGUUUUACUGGACAGUUUUAAAACAAACAAAUUGAAAAAUUACUCUAUUUAUGCAAAUUGCAUUUUGUUAUAAUAACAAAAUAUGCAAUUUUCUAAUUAUGAAAGCAAAUACUUGAUUGGUAGAAAAAAGUAUCUUAGCAUAGCGUAACUCUAUAUUUGGGUUGUUUGAAACAAAGCUCUCUGUUCACCUAAGGGCUUUAUUCUCUAAUGUUUGUUGGCAUGGAGUGAGAUCACCGAGUGGGAGCUGCCUCCCAUAGAAAGUAAGAAUGGGACUGAUGAUACAUCUUUUUUAAGCAAAUGGAAAUCAAAUUGGGAUGUUUUCGGAAUGCUUUAAUUUGUAUCUGCUUCUAGUUUUCCAUGAAUAUCGAUUUCUGUCAUUGCAAUAAGUGCAUUGUGUAGUAUGAGAAAAACUCACUUGCUUUCAUUUGAUGAGAUAAAACAGCCUGUGGGUGUAAUGCUUAGGGAUUGAAGUAAGACCUGUGAAAGAACUUCAGAAAUGCCCAAUAAACGCCCCUGUUCUGGCUCCAA